UUGCUCUCACAUUCGGUUACCUUAGUUAAACAUUUAAAGUAAAAAUGGCUCAGGCGUCUCUUCAUGGAAAGCUGCAGUAUGAUGUAGAGUACAAGGUUCCUGCGGACAAGGUCUAUGAGUUCUGGAGCUGCAAUUUCAGUGAUGUCCAAAAAGCCUGUCCUAAAAUAAUAAACAACAUUGAGUUAGUCCAAGGUUGCUGGGGAAAUGAAGGCAGCAUUCAUGUUAUGACAUAUACCAUUGAUGGGAAAACUGAAACUUGUGAAGAGAUGGUUGAGGCAGUGGAUUACAAGAAGAAAUUUAUAAGUUUCAAAGUCAUUGGUGGGAAUCUUUUGGAUUACUAUAGGUGUGUUAAGUUCAUUCUGGGUCAAGUUAGUCCCAAAGGAGGUGGGGGUAGCUUGGCAAGCUGGACUUUGGAGUAUGAAAAGCUGGAUGAGAAUGUUCCAGAUCCCAUCGCGUUGCGUGAUGAAGCAGUUCAUUUCAAUAAAGCCAUUUCUGCUUACCUCUCUCACGCUUAAACAGAGAAACCUCAAGUGUGCCAGGUCAGCCAUAAGCUUUGUUAACGAUGAGUAUGUAACAGUAUGACAAUAAAAGCUAGCAAGUUUUAACUGGCCUGAAUAAAUGACAUCUGAUUUA